AACGCGAGAUGUCAUGGAGAAGAAGAAGAUGAAGAUCGUGAUACACUACUAAAUAUUUUUAUUAUUUUUAUUUUUAUUUAUUUAUUUUUAUUAUAGAUAAAAAAAAAGAAGAAGAAGAAAAACUCAAACACACAGAGGAGCACAAGAGGGAGAGAACGAGAGAGAAGCAGGUCAGGUGUUCCGCUGGUGCAGUAUAAGCAAGUGGUCUGAUCGACUGAUCUAGGCCGUUGGUUUCAGAGGCAGAGGAGUAGAAGGAUAAGAAGAAGAAGAAGAAGGGCUGGCCUGUAAAUUCAGGUUCAUCGCGGUACGCUACGCCGCGUGCCGCCGGAAACGGAUAAGAGCCCGAGUCAUGUCCUGGUGGCGUCGACUCGCCUUCCCCGUUCGCCGAGUCUGGCUCACACUCGCCACCCGAGUCAGACCUCGCAAGACCGGAGGAGGGAUACUGAAACUAAGGAAUGAUGUGCAAACAUGUGGGUACCAAGAUGUGCAAGUGAUGUGGGAAAUACUUAGAAGGUCAGAAAUGGAAAUUCCAAAAGAAAACAAGAGAUCAUUUUGGAGGAUUCCAAUUUGGUCUAACAAGACAUCUUCUUGUGUUUCAGACAAAGAUCAUCAACAUCAUCAGCAGCAACAACAAAAACAGAAAUUAAAACAAAAACAAAAACAGUAACAAAAGCAUCAUUCAAGUUUCUAGAACUUUUUUCCUUCUUUUUUUUUUUUUUUUGUUUUGUUUCUACCCUUCACUUUCUCUUUUGUUUGUUACAAUAAAGACUAGUGAAAACAAAGACUCAUCUUGUAAAGUUUUUUUUUGAGUUUUUCAGAGCUCAAUGUACAUGAUUUUGAAUAGUUACAAUCCCUGUUCUUUUUAAUUAGUA